CGGUGCCAACGUCACUAAUAAUAAACUGCUGACGUUUUCAUCCGGGUACUAGUAGGAACUCACUCUUCAACAUGGCGGCGUCAGCUAAGAAGAAGAACAAGAAGGGGAAAACCCUUACUCUGACUGACUUCCUGGCAGAGGAUAGUGGAGGCAGCACUGUGCCUCCCAGCUACCCUACCAAGACCACAAGCUGGGCUGAUGAAACUGAUGACCUGGAUGGAGAUGUCUCGACUUCAUGGCACACAGAGGAGGAUUCGUAUCGGGCGCCACCCAUUGACCGCUCCAUCCUGCCGACAGCACCACGCUCAGCCCGAGAACCCAACAUCAACCGGUCUCGUCUGCCACGGAGCCCCCCUUACACAGCCUUUUUGGGCAACUUGCCCUAUGAUGUCACAGAGGACUCCAUCAAAGACUUCUUCCGCGGCUUGGCAAUCAGUGCAGUGCGUCUGCCCCGAGAACCCAAUAACCCUGAGAGGCUUAAGGGCUUUGGCUAUGCUGAAUUUGAUGAUGUGGAAUCCCUCCUGAGGGCCCUUAGUCUCAAUGAGGAGAACCUGGGAAAUCGAAGGAUCCGUGUUGAUAUUGCAGACCAGUCUAAUGAUAAAGAGAGAGAUGGUCCUAUGGGUGGCCGGGACAGGGGUGGACGAAUGACAGACAUGGGUCCUGACAAAACCGACAGUGACUGGAGAGCUCGACCCAGUGCAGAUGUCGAUGAUGGCCCUCCGAGGAGAGAUGAAGCUUUUGGAGAGAGAUCACGAGACCGUUAUGAAUCAGAUCGUUACAGAGAUGGGCCACGGCGGGACAAUGAUCGCUAUGAUGGAGGAAGAGACCGUUACCGGGAUCGCUAUGACGACAGGGACCGCAGAGAUCGGUAUGAUGACAGAGAUCGCAGGGAUCGCUACGAUGACAGGGAUCGCAGAGACUACGACAGAGGAAGUUAUGACUCUCGUGGAGGAAGUCGUCGUACCUUCGGCAGUAACUUCCGCCGUGAUUAUGAUGACAGUCGAAGUAGCAGUGAUCGUUAUGGAGACCGUGAUCGUUAUGGUGACCGUGAUGACAGGCGUGAAGAGAGAGCUCCCCAGCAAAGACCCAAAUUGAAUUUGAAGCCUCGUAGUGUGCCCAAGGAAGAGGAAGGUAGCAGUGGUGGCACUUCUCCAGCACCAGCUUCCAGCGCCAGCAGCAGGGCUUCAUCCAUCUUUGGUGGGGCCAAGCCAGUUGACACAGCAGCCAGGGAGAGGGAGGUAGAAGAAAGGCUAAAGAAAGAAGAAGAGAGGUUGCAAAGGCAGCUGGAGGAAGACAAAAGUCGUGGGGCGCCUGAGAGAAGGCGAGACAGGGACCCGAGUUGGCGCAGUGAGGAAACUCCUACUGAGCGAUCUCGCACAGUGAGUGAGUCAUCGCAGUCAGGAAGCACUUCUGGGAGAGGUUCAAGGUGUCGAGAUGGUGAGCGCUCAGGAGAGAAUGACGUUUUCAGUGGAAAAGAAGGUGACCCAUCUUCUCCCGUUUCCUCCUCACGGCCCUCUUUGAAAGAACCCCUGAAGGUGAUGCCUGCACCCCCUCCAAAAGAGAAUGCCUGGGCUAAGAGAAGUGCAGCCAGUAUAGGCUCUAGUGAGAGUGAUGGGCGGCCUCCGGUCUCUCCUGUCUCCCCAAGUGGGUCAGUUCCUCCCAAGCUCAGCUCCAGUUCUUCAGAUGAAAGAGGAUCUGGAAAAGAUGAGAACAAGGCUGACGGUGCCCGUCGGGACAGGGGGCCCCCACGGGCACGAGGGGGGCCUGCAGGGCCUGCAGCAGGGAGGGGCCGAGGAGAUGGGCCCAACAAAGACAGAAGAAAGGAGCCAGAAAGAAAGGAUAACAGAAAAGAGCGAGACUCCAAACCACCACCAGAGCCAAAGAAAUACGAAGAAACUCCAACCCCUAAAUUCAGCUCGGCUAGUAAGUACGCCGCUUUGCUAAUGGACGGAGACCAAGGAGACGACGUUGAGUAGAGAACACAAGACCCUACUUGAGGAAAGGAGCAAGCGAACGCAGAAAGAAAAAAUUCACAUAGCAUAUAUAAAAUGUCUUACCUGGAAGAGGCUUCUAGGACAAUAUCACUCUCUUCCUCCCCUGUCCUUCAAACCUGCCCUGUGCAUGGGUCUAUAAAUAUUCGGACACGUACAAAGUUAGAUAUUUUAUUUGCAUACAGCGGCAUGUUGAAAUUAAAUGAGUUUAGGCUUUGUUAAUGUCCAAAUAUUUCUGGCCUUUAAACUUCCUUCCCUGCCCCACCUUGAGGACUUUCAGGUUGUAAAGAAUAGUUACAUACUGGACUUGUUUUAAAUUUGAAAGAAGCAGUAGCUGACACAUGGAAAAUGGAUAACAUGGAAUUAAUUGUAAUAAAUGGAAAAAGUAAGGAAAGUGAAUUUGUAUAUUUGUGGAUCACAGGUGUGGGACGGUUGGGUCUUAUGACAUAAUGUAGCUUACUAAAUGGAAUCUUUUUUUUUUUAAUCAAUCUUUAACUCAUUGCCUAAUUUAUAGCUAAACUAUAUAACUCAAAUUCAUUUUAAGCCCUUUUUUAUUCAUUAGUAAGUAAAUUGGUAUGAAAUUUUAAAUUGAGCUCAGCAAAAUUGUUGGUGCACAUUGCUCAACAAUCCUGUCUUCCACGACUACCAGUCAUGAAUGUUGAAGCUGGCUACUAAUCGAAGUGCAAGUCAUGUUUGCAUCACGUUACAAAUUGAUUUUAUUUUUUUAACUGGUUCAUGCAGUAUUACGUGACGACUGUGUACUACGUACAAGAUACAGUAUUACACGAGUGGCUUGUAUGUCCAGACUGAGGAAAAGCAGCAACCGCAGGAGUCUCACUCUGAGAAUCAACCAAGUGCCAUUACUAUUACCCCCAAACAUUGUACAGUGCUGUCUUUCUACACCUGAUGAUUUAAUCACAUUAAUGAAAUGCUCAUCGUCUCAUUUGGAGAUGUCCAAGAUUCUGUGCAGCUGUCUAAAUCUUUCACUCUCUCUGAAGUGACAAAUAUGAAUACGUGAACUUGUCUUCCAAUUUGCAAUAAAUUGGGGCCAUUAUCUACA